AUGUUGAAACUUACCGCCGUACUGAUGUUAUGGGACGCAAUAGAUUUAAUUGACGGUUGGUAUGCACAUUUUAACGAAGAUGAAGCAGAGCCCGUGAUGGAAUCCAACUUUACCAAUCAUCACGAAAGCGCCAUCAAUGCUUUACAAAAAAUAAAUAACUGUUGCUGUUCACCAGAACUCAAAAAUGAAUGCGGAAUGCCGAACACCUACGAUAAUGGAUCAGUUUCGAAUGAUGAUUUGCACGAUGAGCAAGGAUGUUUGAGUAUGGGGUCUGCUUGUAGAAGACACACCAUUGUCCUCAUUGGAUGGAUUACAUUGAUUAGUACUGUUGUCUUCGAUGCAAUUAUAUCAAGUUAUUUAAAUUAUCUCACAGAAAACGAGGAUGAAAUUGACGAUUUAGAGGAAGACGAAGAAGAUCAAGGGGAAGAUGAAGCUGAAGACCAAGAUGAAGCUGAAGACCAAGAUGAAGAAGAAGACCAAGAUGAAGCUGAAGACCAUGAUGAAGAAGAAGACCAAGAUGAAAAUCAAACCUAA